GGCCGGCGCGCCGCCGAGCUGCGCAACGGCCUCGACGAGGAGCGGCCCGUCGACGAGGAGGAGGCGGCGGCCAAGACCAGCCCGCUGUUCUCAAACGGCAUCUGCAACUGGCCGGGCUGCGAGAGUCCCUGCGAGGACAUGGCCGCCUUCGUCAAACACCUGAACACCGAGCACGUGCUGGACGACCGGUCGGCGGCGCAUGCGCGCGUGCAAGUUCAGGUGGUCCAGCAGAUGGAGAACAAUCUGGCCAAGGAGAAGGCGCGCCUAUCCGCUAUGAUGGCGCACUUCCACAUGGCGCGUGAGCGCAUGGCAGAGCCAGCCGCCGAAACGCCGGUGUCGGCGCUGCCGCCCAAGGUGUCGGCGUCCGUGUUUCCGGCCGCGGCGCCUCCCAGCCAGCUGCUGUCUGGCCACCCGUUCCUUCGUUCUGCUAUCAUGCAGGGCCCGACGGUGGCGAGCGCGGCGCCCGGCCGGCGCCGCGUCACCGACAAAAGCCUCACACCAGGUCCGUACGAGGAGCCGCCGACCCAGCGGCGACGCGUGGCGGAGAGGGCGGGGCAGGACAUCACCGAAGAGCUGUCCAGGAACAGGGAGUUCUACCGGACGACGGACGUGCGGCCGCCGUUCACGUACGCGUCACUCAUUCGCCAGGGCAUCGUCGAGUCGCCCGACAAGCAGCUGACUCUGAACGAAAUCUACAGCUGGUUCCAGGCGUCGUUUGCCUACUUCCGACGUAACGCUGCCACUUGGAAGAACGCUGUUCGCCAUAACCUGUCCCUCCACAAGUGUUUCACCCGAGUGGAAAACGUAAAGGGCGCCGUGUGGACCGUGGACGAGGUGGAGUUUUGCAAGCGACGUCCACAGAGAUCGGCUGGCCAGACGCGCAGCCCCACCCUGUCCAGCAGUCCCACCCUCUACGGGGACACCAUCAGCGCUGGGCUGCAGUCUGCCCUGGUUGACUCGAACCUGCCGUUCAUGACGAACGCCGCUGAGCGCCUGCGAGAGAUGAGAGAGCGCGAGGCACCCACUCUGCUGGGGCUGCAGCGGAGGUCCCCCAGCCCGCCCCGGCACAGGGCGCCCAGCCGGAGUCCCGAGCACGAGAUCCGGAUGCCGGUGGCCAGUCUGCUGAGCGACACCCACGGCCAGCACGAGUUCAGCGAGGACCCGCGAAGCCCAGAGGUGGACUCUCGCGACGGUGGCGCCAGUCGCGACGUCAUGGCCGCGCAACCAAACAAUGAUGCGGAGGACCUGAGCAUGCCGGCCGUGAAGAUGGAAUACACUGAGGGCGGCCAGUCGGUGCCGGAGGCGGCGAGCGCGUGAAGCCCCCCGGCCCCACAACGGCCGACAGGCGGAGCAGCUCUCCGCCCGCGGCGGAGCUGCACCAGCCGGCGUCGGCGGCGAGACGCCCGCGCGCGCGCCGAUGCGUCUC